GGGAAGCUGUGUGGCAGCUGCCGCCGCAUGAGGAAGCGUGCAAAAGAUCAAGGGGUUUUCCUCAGAGAUGCUUCUUCCUGCUUUCGCUUUGUUGCAGCAGGAGGUCAGAAGUGGUGCAGAAGUUGCUUGCGUUCCUCAGGCCACCUGGACGGCCAGCCGGGAUCGGAGAGCGAAAGCAUGCCGGCAAGGUGAGUCAUUGCCAUGGCAUGUGACAGAGAGCUCCUUCGCGUAAUCAAGGACCUAAAGAGUACCGUAGAUGAAUUAAACAAGAAUUACCAACAACAGGGGCUACCAGUGACAGAUGGUAGUCAGGAAUUGCAGCAAUUCUGCGCCCAGCUUGAGUUUCUACUGCAGUAUGAUAUGAAGGAGAAGAGGAGCCUUUUGGGGCAGAGGAAGGAUUAUUGGGACUUUCUGUGCCGGGUCCUGACAAAGCUGCAGAGUCAUACGCAUGCGGGAGUACAGCACAUUGCCUCUCUGGACAAGCUAAAAACAGCCGUGGGGAAGGGCCGUGCAUUCAUUCGCUAUUGUCUGGUCCAUCAGCAGCUGGCCGACACUUUGCAGCUGUGCUUCAUGGAGCCAGAGAUCACCAGUGAGUGGUAUUAUGCACGCAGCCCCUUCCUGGACCAGAAGCUGUGGCUGGACCUCUUGGGCUCCCUCUAUGAGUUGGAUGGCAUUGCCUUCCAUCUGGCACUCUGCAGAGCAGACCUGGAUGCUGCCUGGCCUAUGGGCUCUGAGUUGGAAACCCAAAUAAUCAUGGGGGUCACCAAGGAGCCAACAAGAGUACACUAGAAACCAAGGGCCAAUUUGUGACUGAGUCACCUCCUG